CCUCAGGAGCCGCGGGGCCCCGCCGCUCUCGCCCGGCCCCGGCCCCCGCCGAUGCCGGCCAUGGUGGAGAAGGGCCCCGAGGUCUCAGGGAAGCGGAGAGGGAGGAACAACGCGGCCAGCGCGGCCGCCUCGGCCGCCGCCGCCUCAGCCGCCUCAGCCUCGGCCGCCGCCACCGCCUCGGCCGCCGCCUCCGCCUCGGCCGCCGCCGCCUCCGCCUCGGCCGCCGCCUCGGCCGCCGCCGCCCCCAGUAAUGGGCAGAAUAAAAGUUUGGCGGCGGCGGCGCCCAAUGGCAACAGCAGCAGCAACUCCUGGGAGGAAGGCAGCUCGGGCUCGUCCAGCGACGAGGAGCACGGUGGCGGCGGCAUGCGGGUCGGACCCCAGUACCAGGCGGUGGUGCCCGACUUCGAUCCCGCCAAACUAGCAAGACGCAGUCAAGAACGAGACAAUCUUGGCAUGCUGGUCUGGUCACCUAAUCAGAAUCUAUCAGAAGCAAAACUGGAUGAAUACAUUGCCAUCGCCAAAGAGAAGCACGGGUACAACAUGGAACAGGCUCUUGGGAUGCUCUUUUGGCAUAAGCAUAAUAUUGAAAAGUCAUUGGCUGAUUUGCCCAACUUUACCCCCUUCCCAGAUGAAUGGACUGUGGAAGAUAAAGUCUUGUUUGAACAAGCCUUUAGUUUUCACGGAAAAACUUUUCAUAGAAUCCAACAAAUGCUUCCUGAUAAAUCUAUAGCAAGUCUGGUGAAAUUUUACUACUCUUGGAAGAAGACGAGGACUAAAACCAGUGUGAUGGACCGCCACGCUCGGAAACAGAAGCGGGAGCGGGAAGAGAGUGAGGAUGAACUGGAAGAAACAAAUGGAAAUAACCCGAUUGACAUUGAGAUUGAUCAAAACAAGGAAAGCAAAAAGGAGGUACCCCCUACGGAGACAGUUCCUCAGAUCAAGAAAGAGAAACAUAGUACACAAGCUAAAAAUAGAGCAAAAAGGAAACCUCCCAAAGGAAUGUUUCUGUCUCAAGAAGACGUGGAGGCUGUUUCUGCCAACGCCACGGCCGCCACCACGGUGCUCAGGCAGCUAGAUAUGGAGUUGGUCUCAAUCAAGCGGCAGAUUCAGAAUAUUAAACAGACAAACAGCGCUCUCAAAGAAAAACUUGACGGUGGAAUAGAACCAUAUCGGCUUCCAGAGGCCGUGCAGAAGUGCAAUGCUCGGUGGACCACAGAAGAGCAGCUCCUCGCGGUACAAGCCAUCAGGAAGUACGGCCGGGAUUUUCAGGCAAUCUCAGAUGUGAUUGGGAACAAAUCAGUGGUACAAGUGAAAAACUUUUUUGUAAAUUAUCGACGCCGCUUCAACAUAGAUGAAGUUUUACAAGAAUGGGAGGCAGAGCAUGGUAAAGAAGAGACCAACGGGCCCAGUAGCCAGAAACCUAUCAAGUCCCCGGAUAAUUCUAUCAAGAUGCCUGAAGAGGAAGACGAGGCUGCUUCUGUUCUUGACGUCAGAUACGCAUCUGCUUCAUGAGAAGCUCUGGUAGCUUUGAGCACUUGGUAUGGACGACUGCGCUACCCAGGAUAUCAGGUAUUCCAAGACAUCACCUAGCCGUCGGCAUCACAUCUCUGUGGACAAGCAGCUAUUACCAAAAAAGGCGUACACUUCAGUCCUCUGCUCCAUCUGCCUUAAUCCUGUGCUUGCUCCUCCCUGUUGGCGCCACUUCCCGGAGAGCCCCUUGCAUCUCCCACACUCUGCCUGAGUGCUGGGGAGCCUCGUGGCCUGCACGCCUCCUGUGACUCUGGGGACCCCUCCCCGGGCGAAGCUCCUGAGCCCCACCGAUGGCAGCUCUGCCCAGUCAGCAGCAGCGUCAAACAGGUAGUCGACUUGGAAGGCACGACUCUGUUCCUGCAUGGCCUGCCACUUCUCCUUUGUGCAUAAUGUAAUUUUCAGAGUGACUGUGACCCUGUUGGCCUUUUAGGAAGUUUCUCUUGUUUUCUGAGGCAACCACCUAAGUGAUAUCAUGCUUCUUUGGAAAUCACAGUAUACUGGCAGACUGCGUUAUAACCUCCGUUGUGCCAAACAUCCUCAGACAGCUCACCUUUCCCCCAGACGUUGGGUGUAAUUAUGGUUUGUAAAUUUAGCUGGCUUGAAUCUCACCCUUCUCCCUUCCUAAGUGAUAGAAAAGCUCAUUCGCAGCAACUGUCCUCGGACACUAGCUUAAAGGGAACGUGGACUUCAACACUUCUGCCUUCAGCUUUCCGCAUUGUGAUCGCAGGACCGGAGCCACCCUGUCUUUUCCGGAUCCCCCCACCCCACCAUCCAGCUCCAAGAGCUGCGGUCCACACCACUGUACCUGGUGCUUGUGCAUUGGAAUUGGUGCCUUCUCCUUUUGGCAACCAUGUUAUCAACCCUUUUUUCUGUUUUAGUGUCUUAUUUCUUCUUUAAAGUUUAUUGCUUGCCAAAGAUAACAUCACCGAGAUUAGGAGACAGGGGAGAAAUUGCUGCACAUUCUGACAGUGCAGAUUUUAAAUGUCAGGUUAGCUCACUAAAGGGUACUAGAAUGGCUGGGAAGGGUUUUAGAAAAGCUACACAUUGUUUGUUGCCCGCUCUGUUGGUACGCCUGGCCUUCUACACGUCACCCAUAGAGCUUUCUUUGUCCUUCAUAUACCGAUGUGAUGAUAAAAACACCGUCCUUUUUCUUUGAAUAUGACAGUACAGGACAGAGAAGUGACCAGUUUAUUGGCUCUAGUAAGACCAAGACGAAAAGAAACAAUGUACAAAGUGGUCUGUAAUGCCUUUUGGUUGGACUGGGAACAAGUAAAUGUUUCUAAUAAAUGUUUUGAGAUUUCCAGAAUCACUUAUUCUCGUACCAGACUGUGGACCCACUGCGGGGCUGAGGGAUAGACUGUCAGACCGCGUUCUCAUGUAACCUGUGUCCCGCCCACGGUCAGUCCAGCCUGCACUAAAUAUGUUGAAGGAGCUUUUGUUGCUGUUGUUUUGCAUCAUUUAAAUAUUUUUCCUGCUUUCAAUACCAAAAAGAAAAAAAAAA